UGAGAUAAGACGAACAUCUCGCAGGUGGAAGUUAUACAUUUCAGAGAAGAAAAAAAAGGUUUCAGAGCUCCUGAGAAUACAAGAAGUCCUAAAUCCAGUGUCUCAGGAAGCUGCGAGCCUGCCCUUCUUUCAUAGCACCAAACUGAACCUGCUAAAUCACUCGAAGGCUGCCAAAUCCAGAGGAUUAACUCACCAGCUGUAGAUCUCAGACAGCUUUGUCUUCUUUGUCCCAGAGUUUAGUGAAGUGCCGAGAACUUUUCUUUCCUAAAAGGUGUCAGCUUAAGGACUCUCCAUACCUCCCCUGUACAGCACAUGUAGAGCCAAGUGGACAUAAAAACGAAUCUGUUUAAAAAUCUGUUUAAAAAAACAUAACAUGUCUCAGUGUCGGAGAGUGGGAGCGUGGGCCGUGUUGUUUGUCCUGGGGGUCCUAAGCUGCUGUCGUGGGGAAGGGGCCGGUGGCCCCAGGACUAGAGGCUUGUCCCAGGGGAGCAGCCAGGAGGACGGCCUCAUGUCCCACGAGCGGGUGAAGAGAGGAUGGGUGUGGAACCAGUUCUUUGUGGUGGAGGAGUACACUGGAACAGAACCCCUCUACGUUGGCAAGAUCCACACUGACUCCGACGAGGGCGAGGGCACCAUCAAGUACACCAUCUCCGGGGAGGGGGCGGGGUCCAUCUUCAUCAUCGACGAGCUGACGGGAGACAUCCACGCCACGGAGCGACUGGACCGGGAGGAGAAGACCUACUACACCCUCCGAGCCCAGGCUCGGGACCGCCUCAGCGACGACCCCCUGGAGCCCGAGUCGGAGUUUGUCAUCAAGGUCCAGGACAUCAACGACAGCGAGCCCAAGUUCCUGGAGGGACCCUACAUUGGGAGUGUGGCUGAACUGUCGCCCAUAGGAACAUCCGUGAUGAAGGUCACAGCGUCGGACGCGGAUGACCCCACAUAUGGCAGUGCCAGAGUGGUGUACAGCGUUCUGGACGGGGAAAAGUUCUUCACCGUGGACAGAAACACUGGUAUUAUUCUGACGGCCGUGGCGGAUCUGGACCGAGAGACGCAGGACCGAUAUGAGCUGGUCGUCAAGGCAACCGACAUGGCAGGCCAAAUGGGCGGCCUCUCCGGCUCGACCACGGUGACCAUAGUGAUCACGGACGUUAAUGACAACCCACCACGUUUCCCGCAGAAGAUGUACCAGUUCUCGGUGUCGGAGGGGGCGGCGGUGGGGACCUCGGUGGGCAGGGUCAUCGCCACGGACGCAGACAUGGGGGAGAACACGGACAUGAGCUACCUGAUUAAAGACCAGGAGGGAGGGGAGCUGUUCAAGGUCACCACGGACGGCGACACACAGGAGGCCGUCAUCACCAUCAAAAAGCCCCUGGACUUUGAGAGCAAACGGACUCACAACGUGGUGGUGGAGGCCGUCAACAAGCACGUAGACCCUCGCUUCGUGGACCUGGGCUCCUUCCGGGACCAGACCAUUGUUCGGGUCAGCGUGUCGGACACGGACGAGCCGCCCAUUUUCCAACCCCCCGAGGGCACCAUCUUGGAGGUGCAGGAGGACGUCAAGCUGGGGGCCGUGGUGGGGAUCGUAACAGCAAAGGACCCCGACAUGGAGAAUGCACCUGUCAGGUUCACUAUAGACCGUAGCACAGACCAGGAGCAGAUCUUCCACAUUGAUCCAGUAUCAGGCGCCAUCACUCUGGGCAAGAUUCUUGACAGAGAGACGGCUGGUUGGCACAACAUCACUGUGACCGCAGUGGAAGCAGAUAACAAGGCCCAGGUGUCUCACUCGGCAGUGAGCAUCCGUAUCCUGGACGUGAACGACAACCCUCCCGAAUUGGCCACGCCCUACGAGACCUCGAUAUGUGAGGACGCCAAGCCUGGACAGCUCAUCCACACCAUCAGCGUGGUGGACAGAGACGAGCCUCAGUCUGGACAUCGCUUCUACUUCACCCUGGCUCCCGAUGCUGCUAGCAACCGCCACUUCACCCUCUGGGAUGUCAAAGACAACACAGCGGGGAUCAGGACGCAGCGCUCGGGCUUCAACCGCCAUGAGAAGAACGUGUAUCUGCUGCCCAUCCUGGUGGUGGACAGCGGGCCUCCGGCCCUGAGCUCCACAGGCACGCUAACCAUCCACGUGUGCGGCUGCGACAACAACGGCGCCAUCCAGUCGUGCAACGCCACGGCGUACGUGAUGAGCGCCUCGCUCAGCCCCGGGGCCCUCAUCGCUCUGCUGGUCUGCAUGCUCAUCCUCAUAGUGCUGGUCCUGCUCAUCCUGACCCUGAAGCGCCACCGGAAGGGCCAGCGCAUGUCAGAGGACGAAGAGGACAUGCGCGACAACGUCAUCAAAUACAAUGACGAGGGAGGGGGAGAGCAGGACACCCAGGCCUACGACAUGAGCACCCUGAGGAACCUCUACGACUUCCCCGAGGCCAAGAGCUCCGAUUCGGGGCCGGACCUGCGCACGCUCCCCCAGUGGAUCCAGGGCCAGGUGAGCGGAGAGGGGGGCGCGGCGGCGGCGGAUUUCUCCCUCUUCAAAGGCUACAUCCGCAAGAAGGUGGAGCAGGCGGACGCCGACCUCUCGGUGCCGCCCUAUGACUCGUUCCAGACGUACGCCUUCGAGGGCAACAGCUCUCCUGCCCUCUCCCUCAGCUCCAUCCACACCCUGUCCACCACGUCCGAGCAGGAUUUCUCGUACCUCAGCGACUGGGGGCCCCGCUUCAGACAGCUGGCGGGCUACUACGCCCCGGCACACCCUGAGGAAGAGGGCUCCUAGCACCCUCCUCUGGAAAGACCAAACUCAAACACCCCUGCCCCGCCCCGCCCCUCCCCCCGCCCCACCCCACCCCUGCCCCUCCCCCUCCCCCCCCCCCCGCUCCCCCCCCCCCACACACACUCUUCCCUUGCACUGUGUCCGGGCCCCUUGAGUCAGAACCAUCCUACAGAAACUGGCCCCCUUCUCUAAGAUGCAGUCAAGUGUCAAAUCCACUCUGGUUCAAAGCCCUUACUCCAAAACUUGUAAGAUACGCCUCAAGUCUUAGGUUUUUAAACAAAAUUAUGAAAUUGGGGAACUCCUGGGGAUGAAAAGAAGUUAUCAAAUCACCUUUACAAAGAGGAGCGUGUUUUACAGAUUCCAGGUAUUGGCUGUCAUGCAAUACCUGAUGUGGCACCACGACAGCAUUACUUUGGACGCGUUUCUUACUUGGCAGGUCUGUUUUCUCUGGACUCAAAUACGUGGUCCGUGGAGGCGUUUUGAAAACCAUCAAAGAGAUAUCAGACAGAAAGGGUUUACUUCGAUUUUUUUUCCCAAGCCAAGGCAAACUAUCUGAGAUUCAUAUGUAUUUAUUUAAGAAAAAACAUAUUUAUGUAUUUAUUCAUUUGUAUUUAUUUAUUUAUCUUGACCAUGUCCACUACACCUCUGGUUGGAGCAGAAUAUAUAGUGGAAAAGAGAGUAGAGGCAGAAAGCUGAUUCAAGAUGCUGAACCAGAGGAGGCAUGAAACUGAGGACCUCAGACUGUUCUGACACAAAGGUGAUAUUUGGGUCAAGGCAAACAACAGUCUUGGAAAUAUUUGUAUUUAUUUUUUUGAAACUAUUUUGUAAAAUAAACACCUGAGGACCGAGGAAAGAAAGAGUGAGGAAACAGGCCCUGUAGAGAUAAAAAGACACGGCAAUUCCGUGCAAUGAUUGGUUUAGCUUGACAUACUUUCCGCCUAUUGUGGUGAUUUUAAAAGGGGUACUGGAGGUCACAUAUUGUGGACGUUGUGUGUCAACUGUUUUUUUUUCUUAUAUUUUCCACGGCCAUUUAAAAGGCAAUAAGGCACAAUCCGCACGAGUGAUUUAAGACUAUGAAAGGACUGUGUUUAUUUCAUGAUGUUGGCUGUUUGACAGCUCCCCCUUGAGGAGUUCAUUCCAGAUUUGUAUGUGUGAAUGUGUAUUAAUGCGUCCAACUUGUUUUAUAUCCAGAAAGAUACAAUAGCUUUUCUUUUCUUUCAUUUUGACAGACAUAAAAUAUAGGUCAGUGCUGGGUACGGGACAAGUAGACUGAGAGAGAAAGGAGGAGAGCAAUCACCUCCACCUGGUGUCCAUAACCUACAGUAUUCAAUGUCGACCGUAACUUGCAAAUGUAUAGAAAAUAACAUUGAAAAUCAAUAAAUAUUUAAA